AUGACGGACUACGAGACACGUCGGUUGGAGAACAUCAAGCGCAACCAGGCCUUGAUCAACGAGCUCGGGAUUCAGAAGGUCAAGCAAGAAGCCUCGACCAAACGACCCCCACCCAAGAAGCGUAAGCUCUCACCUUCGGCCUCACGACCCACACGCGUUUCGGCGCGUAUAGCUUCGACCGACCGCCCAAUCUACAAUGACGAGCCUUCAAUCACCAGCAGCACAUCAAAGUCAGCACGAAGAGGGGGAGUGAAGAAAGUACAGAGCGUCACGGCAGAUGCAGUCGAGACCAAAGCCCAAUCGCCUCCACCAGACCUUGAAGAUAUACGAAAAGGAUGGACAUCUUGGGAGUCAGUCGCGUCCCCACCUACACGAGAUGAAGAUGGGACCUUCCACUUCGAGGGCCACCCAACUUUCCUACCCAACAAAUCACCGGCCGAGAUGCUAGCCGAAGGUGCAUUUGGAGGCUCCUACUAUCGCCCGCUAUACUCCAAGAGCCUGCGCACUACGAUAGAGGACGACUGGAAGGAGCUGCCCGAAGAAUGGCUCAAGGAUUUGCAUGUUGAGAGAUAUCUCACUAGCCCAGAGUAUGACCCAGAGAUCAACAAAUUUAGGGUAAAGUGCGGACAAUCGAUUGAGGAAUGGGAGGCAGCUGGAUGGAUCUUUCACGCCUACGAUGUACGAGGCUGGUUUCAGUGGUACACACGGUUCUGGCAGGGACGUCGUUGCGACGAUGACGAUAGGCAGAUUGGUAGAUGGGAACGCUGUGUUGGCGAAAGAGGGCGUUGGCGCCGGAUGCUCUUGAAGAAGUAUCUCCAGGCUGGGGUUAAGACAGUUGCGGACGAAGGGGUUGAUGAGGAAGAGGUGUCGCCGGUCAUGCAUCAAACCUGCCACCAGUGGGCAUGGGAGGUUCGUCAACCUUCUUUAGACGAAGCAUGGGCUGGUCGCUUGUAG